UUCAAAUGUGGCAGGUAUGAGCCUAUGCUCAUCCAGGAAAUUGUCACAGAUAUUUUGAAUAGAUUAUUUCAUAUAUCCUCAAGUGAUGCCAAGAACCUGGUUGGAAUAAAUUCUAGCUUACAAGAAAUGGAAUUGCUAUUAUGUCUUGAGUCUAGAGAAGUUCGAAUGGUAGGAAUUUGGGGUAUGGCAGGCAUAGGUAAAACAACUCUUGCCAAAGCUAUUUAUCAGCAUAUCUCUGGUCAUUUUGAAGCUUGCUCCUUUCUUGAAAAUGUAGGAGAUGAUUUGGAGAAACGAGGGUUCCUUGGAUUAGAGGAAAAAUUUCUUUCUCAACUAUUGGAGGAUAGAAAUCUAAACGUUAAAGGACUCAGUUCUAUAAAAGCGAGGCUUCAUUUCAAAAAGGUUCUCAUUGUCAUUGAUGAUGUGAACAGUUCAAAAAUAUUGGAAGUAUUAGUCGGAAAGCAUGAUUGGUUUGGUCAAGGAAGCCGAAUCAUUGUAACAACAAGAAAUAAGCACUUGCUAGUUAUGCAUGGAGUAGAUGAGGUAUAUGAGGUUAGGAAAUUAAAUAAUGAUAAUGCUCUUGAGCUCUUCAGUCAUUAUGCCUUCAAACAAGUCCAUCCCCAAGAAGAUUAUGUGGAGCUGUCCCAGCGUGUAAUGGUUUAUGCUCAAGGGCUUCCAUUGGCUCUUAAAGUUUUAGGUUCAUUUUUAUUUAGCAAGAGCAAGCAUGAAUGGGAAAGUGAACUGGCUAAACUAAGAAGAAUUCCUAAUAUGGAAAUUCAAGAUGUGCUACAAGUGAGUUUUUAUGGGUUGGAUGACAAAGAGAGGGAUAUAUUUCUAGACAUUGCAUGUUUUUUUAAAGGAGAGGACAAAGAUUAUGUUAUGAAAAUCCUAAAUGGUUGUGGUUUCUUCCCAGAUAUUGGAAUAAGAGUUCUCAUUGAGAAGUCCCUCAUUACUAUUUUAGACAAUAGGUUGAUGAUGCAUGAUUUGUUACAAGAAAUGGGUAGAGAAAUUGUUCGUCAAACAUCCCUUAAAGAACCUGGAAAACGCAGCAGGUUGUGGUUUCAUGAAGAUGUUUAUCAUGUAUUGACAAAAAAAACGGCAACUGAAGAAGUUGAAGCAAUGUUCCUUGACUUGUCUAAUUUAGAAGAAAUACUUUUUACUACUGAAGCAUUUGCACGAAUGAAUAGACUUAGAUUGCUCAAAGUCUAUAAAUCUCAAGAUCCCAGAGAUGAAGUAUGUACUUCACAAAAGGAAGAGUGCAAGGUUAUGUUUUCAAGGGAC